AUGGAUGCCAUCAUUGCUCAAAUCCAUGCCUUGGCCCAAUCCACCGAUGACGCCGGUCGAUUAACCAUUCAAAAGGCCCUUCGGGAUGCCCAGAUGGAAAUCCAAUCUCCGCAAGAUGUCCUUAUGGGCUUUGGAAACUCCAAUCUUCUCAUUGCUAUGUUCCGCCUCGGCGUGGAUUUGGGAAUAUUCCGCGCUCUCAGUCAGGCCAAUGGCCCUUUGACUGUCAAACAAUUGGCGAGUGUCCCCGGAGCCUCACCUGCCCUCAUGGAAAGGGUUCUUCGUUAUUUAGCUUCCAACAACAUUAUCGCGGAGGCUGGUCUUGAUAAAUACCGAGCAAACAGGAUCACCUAUAUUGCCGCCGAUCCUCGAGGCGAGGGCAUGGCUCACCACGGAUUUGAUGUCUUUGGACCGAUAAUCCAAGCUAUGCCUGACUUCUUAAUGGAGAGAAAUUAUCAAGACAUCACCAGUAACACGGAUACGCCAUUCCAAAAAGCCUUUGACACCAAAUUAGCUUGCUUUGACUGGCUUGUUCAGCACCCCAAGCAUUUCGGGUCUCUGCAGAAAAUAAUGACCGCACUUGAAGGCGCCGAAUGGACCGUCGGGUUUGAUCUCAUCAACACGGAGGCUUCCAAAAUCCCGGCAAGUACCCCAAAACCGUCCGACAGGCCAUUUCUCGUGGAUGUCGGUGGUGGCCAAGGUCAUCAGUGUGUUCAGCUAGGGAAUAUGUACCCCAACCUCCUUGGUCGUCUUAUCUUGCAAGACUUACCCCAGGCAGUCAACAAAUUGCCACCGAUCAAAGGAGUCAGAGUUCAAGCCUACGAUUUUUUCCAAAAGCAGCCCAUCACAGAUUCGAAAUUUUACUACUUGCGAAGAAUUAUGCACGACUGGCCUGACAAGGAAGCUGCAUCUAUCCUUCAGAAUAUCAGUAGUGUCAUGGCAUCCGAUGCUCGCAUUCUGAUUGACGAAGUUGUCUUGCCAAAUACUGGAGCCCAUUGGCAAGCUACCAUGGCGGACUUGUCAAUGAUGUUCGCAUUUGGUGGGAAAGAGCGAUCUGCAAAGCAAUGGGAUUCUUUAGCUGAAAGUGCAGGUCUGCGGGUCGAACAGAUUCAUACUUAUGUUAUCUCCGCAUACACGUCUAUCAUUGUUCUUGCUCGGAAGUAG